AGAUGGAUUUGCGCGCUGCCGUUUAAACGACUGUUUACGUUGAUGUGAGUGCGCGCGACUGUCAGCUAACUGCUAUUCCAAUUGUGUUUAAAGGAUUAUUACUGAAAGACGGAUUUAAAAAAAAGUUAUGACCAAUAAUGAAACAAGCGAUGGUCUGAGAACUCGCGGAACACUUGCUUGAGGAAUGAAGAGCAAGAAACAGAAAGUGCUUCAAAGUGGAAACAGCAAAAGAAAAGUCUCGAGUGAUGUGUCACCUUCGACCAGCCUCCCGCCUUUGGUUGAGGGUCCACUUAGAUGUUUUCUGCGAGUGACAAUAAGUCGAUUAUUAUGGACAGUUAACAAACCUCCGUCUGUGACAUUUGUCAGGCUUCGCUGGUGGGGAGAGUCUUCCAAUGAGACACACUUUUUUCCUAAAGAUGGAUCUCAGCUUUCUCAAAGAAAUGUCAAGACCACAGUGCGAUACGCCAUUCGCUGUGGGCCUAAACAGUUCACCUCAUAUCUUACAGAUAUGAGCUCACUGGUGUUGGAUGUGUUGACAAAAGCUGAUCAUUUGCCAGUAGCACGGGCACAGGUUGCUGGAAUCUCUCGUCUGUCCUUGUCACACCCCAUUAGUGGAUUUUUCACACUUGUAUCUCCUACAUCAGAAAAGCUAGGAGAGCUCCAAGUUUCACUUAAUUUGGAGCCCUUAGCUGAAACCUAUGACAGCAGCAGUGACUACACGGUCACAACAGAAGGACCAGAGGCUGCCACAGCAACUCUUCCUUUGCAGCCAAGAUCACUCUCAGCUAGCAGUGGGAAACGAUUAGUGAAGAGUAGCAGCAAAAACCCACCAAGGCCCCAGCAAGACGGUGGAAAAGAAGAGUUGGCUGAGAAUCAGAUGCCUGUGAACAGCUGUGAGAUCAGUGAAAGAGCUGCAAAUGCUUUAAGUCAGGACUCUGGUGGAAACAAGACCAAUGACAUCCUCUCACUUAUUUCCGAGCGGGGAAACAAGUUAAGAGAUGCCAUGGUGCGUUCAGCUUUGAAAUAUGACAUACACUCUGCAUCAGCACCAAACGAUGCCCCUCUACUUAGUGGUACCAUACAUCCACCUUUAAGGACUGUUCCCUCUCCCUCUGGAAUGUUUCUUGAUUCCCAAUCAUUUCCUGAACACUCAAUUGAUGUCCCUGAUGUUUUUGAUGGUGCUGACGACGUUACCCACAAAGCCAUAGAUAUUCUCUUUGGCAGGCUAAUCACAUCACCUCCUCCUCAACUGGACCGGGACAGUGUCUCCCCUGACUGUAUAUUUGGCCACAGCAGUGUUUGUGGUGAUAGUGAAACUGAUGAUCCUCAGUAUGAUCAGAGCUUACUAGAAAAUUUAUUUUACAAGUCUCCAAUAUCUGAUACAAGACCAGAGGUCACAGAGACAAGUGGUAAAAAAACUUUACCCCCACUUAAAAAACAGCCAAAAAGGAUGAAUGAGGGUACUGACUUCCAGCAUCAGGAUCCCCCAGAUGCUGUUGCUCUCUGUGGACUAAGUGAAGAGCAGUUGGCGUUGCUGAAUUUCAUUCGUGUGAUCAUCGUGACCAUUGACACCCUGACUCUUUCUACGACCUCAGCAACAAGAACUAAUUUGAGUAAAGGGAAACCUCUUCGACAAAUGACUAAUCAAAAAUGCACUUACUUUGUAGAGUACAUGUUACCAAGAACAUCCACCUCCAGUCGACAUGUUUAUGGAAAAAGCAACAAUGGAGACGUGGCCAGAGUUGCUUCCAGUAAAGUCACAGGGGGAGAGGUAAACUUCCUUCAGCAUUCUGUGUUUCCUGUGGACUUCAGCACAGAAUCUGUCAUAAAGUGGUGUCAAACAGAUUUGGUGUUCAAGAUUUUCUCAAGAAAGAGCCACCAAAAAAAACCUGUUCUCAUUGGUAAAGCAGUUCAUCCACUGCGUGAUCUGCUGCAGGACAAGCAGCUGAGUCAGGCUUUGGUCCUUCCUGUGCAAAGUCUGGAGGCAAACUGUGAAACACUGGCAAUUGGACCUCUUAGGGUAUGUCUAGAACUUGCAACAGACAGCAAGGUUUCCACACCUAUAAAAGACAAAAGCCAGCUAGCUCACAGAUACAAAUCUUCUUUACCAACUGCACCGAGUCCUCCAAGGAAAACCGGCUCCAGACCUCAUUUUGCUCAAACUAGCAAAGAACAUUUUCCUUCUCACCCUGAAAAAGACUCUCAGAUAAAUGACUGGAGUCUACAUCAACCAUUGAAAGAAUCAUUUUUUCAUCCAAGUCUUAACACAUUUGAGAAUAAACCAUGUCAGCACGUGGAUGACAACCUUGAAGUACUUCUGCACACUCUGCUCAUGGUACCAGAGGGAAAGAACUUCACCUGUGGGCCCUUGCAAACUCCAAAUGUUUACUUGAACUGUAAACUCUUUUGGUGUGAUGAGAUGACGAGAUCAAAUGUCAGCUGGGGUCAGAAAAAUCCAACUUUCAACUUUGUUCAGGUGACUCCUGUGGCUUUGACCAGUAAGCUCCUGGAAAGGAUGAAGAAUAACAUGAUUAUAAUUGAAGUGUGGCAAAAAACAGGAAGUUCAGAGGAUCGACUUCUGGGCCUUGUUAAAUUACCUCUGCACCAGUUCUACAUGUCUUUUAGGGAUCCAAAGGUCACUCACCUUCUACUUGAGGCACAGUAUCCUGUUUUAGGCGUAGACUGCUACAUGCCAGUCAUAGAUGUGUUCUCCGGAGCUUGUAAAGGAAACCUCAGGGUUAUUUUGGCUAUGGGAAAGUCAGAGCAGAUCGCGGCCCUGCAGUGCAUAAAGGAUGAGGAAUAUGGCACUUUGUUUCCUCUUGUGAAACCAGUUCUUCCGUCUGAUCAUCAUCCACGUCCAGAAACCAAGGCUGUUGCAGCAUUUAAUGAACCAAUGAUGGAGCAUGUGUUCGUGAUAAGAGUGGAGAAGGUGAAGGGGCUGACACCUCUGCAGUCAACGGUGUGGGGUGAAGCAGACUGCUAUGUCCAGUAUAGUUUUCCAAGUCAUGAUGAUGAGACAGCCACAGCUGUGGACCAAAUGGUCACAGAGAGUAACGUCAGCCUAAAGCCGUUUCGUACCACCACCACUCUGUGUGUGCCGGACCCAAUAUUUAGCCACAUGGAGACGCACGUUCUUCUGGCUCCUGAAGGGUUUCCUGUGCAGAGGUUGCUGCUCAGCUCUCUUUCAAGUCGAGGUGCCAGCAGUGGAGGAGGUGUCCAGUUUGAAGUGUGGUGCAGAUAUUAUUAUCCAAAUGUCAGAGAUCAGCUUGUGGCCAAAGGACUGCUUCCACUGUCCAAGCUCUGUGCAAUGAUCACCAUGCAGAAACACCAACCCAACAACCCUCAAAUGUUCUCCCUGCCCCUGAUUCCAAGGACAGAUAGUCCCACAGGACAUCACAUCCAGCCCUCAGGUCUCCUAGAUGUUUGCAUUCAGUACAAACACCGGCCCGUCAGGCCUGAAGCACUGACUGGUAGAGGAGCUGCCUCUCGUGUUGUGACGCUUGUGGUCAAAGUUCGAAGAGCAUCAGGUCUGCGGGCAGCAGCAAGUUUUUUAUCAAAACAGGAUGAAAGGUUUCAGUACUUUGUUGAUGCGGGCGUUAACGCAUAUGCCACAGUCCAGCUCUCCUUUUCUCCUGAAAGAGAGUCGAGGUCGACAAGGAUUGUUGCCAAAACAUUUUGCCCCGAGUUUGACCACCACACAGAGUUGUCAUGUGAUUUGCUGGUUCAGAUGAGCAGCGGAGAAACCUGCAGCCUGGCCGAGGUGCUGGAGAGGGCUUCUGCUGCCUUUACUCUGUGGAACAGAGACAAUCGUAAAGGUGUGAUCUUCAACAGUCAGAAAGAUGUGAUGUUGGGCUCAGUCCAAAUACCAUUGGCUGAUCUAAUUAACAAAAGAACAGGUAUUUCUGGCUGGUUUGGAGUCUAUUUACCUAAGGAUAAAAGUUCAACUCAGGAUUCCCAAAUCCUGGUUGGUGGUCUAGAGAUUUCUGUCAAUUUUGCCCACCACUCAGAUCGGGAAAAAGUAAUCAAGGCUGCUCAGGGUUUAGGCUGGAUGAUGCAGAGUGACUGUGAAACUAAGGAUGUGGAAGACUCCUUCGAAGAAAACACAAGGACACUCACUCUGACUUUUUCGACGCCCAGAGCUUGGGUUCCACUCCACUGUUUGCUCCUCCCCAACCAGAUUGAUCUGCAGCGCUCCACCUAUUGCUAUGUCAGGUACAAGUUUUAUGAUCAGGAGGCUUUCACCUCGCAAAUGGUACACCCCCUUGUUACAGAGGGGGAGGAUGGACAGACCACAGUAGAUUUUAAAGGAAAUAGAACUGCGAGGAUGAGGAUGACUCAACCUUUGCUGUGGUAUCUACGAGAGGAGAGGCUGGAGGUGCAGCUGUGGGUUUCCUUUAAUAAGGACAAAACCAGGAGACCCACUGACACCGACCGACUCGUUGGCUCAGCUUUUGUAGAUAUGUCUUCUCUUGCAAAAAUGUCCAACCAGAAGCUGUCACUUAGUGGCGUGUAUCCACUGUUCAGAAGCUCUGCUGCAGACCUACAGGGGGCAGCUCUAAGAAUUCACAUCACCCUGACAGCAAGUGCUGCCCCAGAGGAGGCACCUGAUGAAUCUGACAGCCAGGUGGAGCUCUUAUCAGAGGAGAUGGAAACUGCAGCGCUAAUCGCAUCACCUACGACACCAAAAAAAUCAACACAAAGCAGAAAAGAAAAUAAAUCUCCUCAAAUUAUGUCAGACAUUUUAUCCAUACCACACACUGAAAGCAGUGUCGAGGAUUCCUUUUCUGUCUUUGUCACAGUGGACAGGGCCAUGCAUCUGAAUCUGAAAAGCUGUCCUCUAGCAGAGCAGAGUGAGGUGACGCCAAGCUUUUUCACUCCUGUCGUCACUCACAGUGACUGUCCUGUGUGGGACCAUCAACAGGAGUGCAGGCUGUCAAACCAACUACUUGUCAAUUCACAGCAAUCCUUGGUUUUCAAAGUCUGGCACAAAGGAGAGGUGGAUAGGGUGCUGGGAUUUGCUUCUGUGGACCUUUCACCUUUACUGUGCGGCUUCCACUCAGUGUAUGGCUGGUACAAUAUCACAGACUUCAGCGGUCAGUGUCAUGGCCAGAUCAAAGUGUCCAUCACUCCUCUGAAUGUGAUUGAUCUUCAAGUAGGAAGAAAAACUGUGAUUGAAGAGGACCCUGAAAACUCCAGAGCUUUAUUCCAGGCCUUUCCUCUCAGCUGUCACACCAGAGCCACCUACAGUAGUUUCCCAUCACACAGAGGCUGCUGCACACAGCAAACAAUGUCGUCCCCUGAACACACAGAACAACUUUAUUGUGAAAGAUCCAUUGAGGCUGAAAGCCAUGCUGAGCACCUGGACAAGGUGCGACUUUACCACCAGAGUUUACAGGAGCAGAGACCCCCUCACCCUGACUGUCUUAGAAGGAAUCAAAGUGAGCUGGACAACAUGCAGAAAUAUUUCAAUCGCAAACUCAGAACUCCCACAUUUUCAUCUGUGUGUGAGCAGUACUAUCACAACCAACAGGAGGAGGAGGGGGAGACUGAUGCAGAUUUACAGGGACUUCCACUGAACAAGAUCCCCACCAAUCCUCCGAGGAGUUCCAAAGCUUCUCCUUGUAAAGACACAGACUCUCAAACAGUUCCUCAAAGACUGUUUAGUCUGGAUCAAAAUGCAGCUUCUUCCUACAAAGAUGCAUCUCAAAUGCGUUCACCUCUACUAAAGACAUCUGAAGAUGACACAGACUCUGAGGUGGAAGAAGAAACAGGCAGACGACGGAGCGAAACCGUCAUGUCAGAGGAUGAAAUUGGAGAAAACACAGAUGAGAAUGAAGAUUCAUCAGCCUGUGAACAGCAUGAGGGGACCGAUGUGGAAGAAGAGGAAGAAGAAGAUUACGAGGAAACUGUGUUGAAGCCUAGGCAUCUGAAUGAGCUUAUGUCUUUAACAGACAAAACCAGCCCUUGGACCAGCGUCCAGUCAGAGUCUGAUGUUGAUUUUAUAGAGAACCUGGAGGCAACAGAGGAGCCAGACCUGAGUCACGAUGAGGAGGAGGACAAGGAAGAGGAGAGGCAAAAUCUGGACUCUGUUGAGAAACACCAUAGGCCAGUGAGAGACACUUCACAGAUGGAGGGGGAUGAUGAAAGACACGUGAGAAGAGAAGUUUGUAGCCUUCACCAAGACUCUGCUCCUAAUGAAGAUUCAUCUGCAGACUUAGAUCACAACAUCGACACUGCUGAUGACAAAGAAAACUCUCAGUCCUCAGUCCCUGUGGAUAUGCCUAACUUUUUUCUCACCACACAUGAAAUGGAGGCAUCAUUGAGAGCCAUACAGUUAGCUCCGUCCUUCUCCCGGGGAUAUUGUCCUACGAGGCCUCGCCUACAGCGACCCAACAUGUCACCACUCUCCAUGGAGAAAGCCACUGAAAGAAUCACAGGUGUAUUUGCAGCCACCUGUGAUGAGACUCUUUAGUGUUUCUCUUUAACUUUACUGUGCCUCCAGACUGUGGAAUGAUCAUGUGAAGAUAACUUAACUGAACUAUUUAUAAAUAAAUCAUAUCUGUGUAUUGUUUUUACCCAUAACCUCUCAGUUUUUAAACAUUUGUUUUAGCCAAAACAUGUAUUUUCUGCUAGAAGAGCAGUGGAGGGAUUCUCCUAAUCCAACCUCCCAACUACGGUUAGGUUUGAAUAAUGGGAGACAUCUGAAAGUCAACACUGUACCUGAUCACAGAUACAAAGAAUCUCCACUCAUCAAAGUAGGUAUUUAUUUAUGAAUUUUUAACAUGUUACAGAAAAACCACAAAUUAUAGAACAUUAGCUUCUUUGUUCACCUCCAUUCACAAAAAGCAUUUAUACCUUCAGUUUAUUUAUGUACUUAAUUAAGCCAAUAACAGCCCAACAUUAAAUCAAGUGUAAACCUGUUCACUGACUUGAACAAACAAAGUGUAACCGUUUGGUGUUUGUAGACUCUGCCCUAAGGUGUACAAAAUCACAAAUCCUAUAAUUAUCCAGCCUGUGAAACUGGUACAAAGAAAAAUGAGAAUGACUUUUCUGGGUUUACUGCAUUUUCAUUUGUUGCCAGUAGAUGGCGACAUGGCCAUUUAGUAAUGCUGGUUGUGGCUGAACUGUAUAACACACCGAGUUUUGAUGCACUGGCAAAACAGGGAUCAACCACUCGUUGUUUUUGAACGUCCAUAUGUCUUCACAUAAACACCCCACGCUAGAGGCUUCUAACUGGGUAGAAUUACAAAAUAUUUGGGUAAUUACUGUCAAAAUAUUCUAGCAUCGUCGUAUAUGAAGAGGAACAUGUUCCAGAACAUUUUACUUAUGUGUUAUCAAAGUUUGUGUACGGACACUUGAAAACAAUGGAAAACACUAUUAUGUAAAGAUAAAAAUACAGAAAAGCUAUAAAAUAAAUUAUUAAUAAGCAGAAGUUAAUGAAUAUAUUUCAACUUAAAUAUAAGACAGGCUGUAUACUGUGCUUCUACAGGAUAUGGUGUUACCACAAUGUUAAAAAUAUUGUGUUAAAGUUUGUCAUAAGCUGCGU